AUUUACCCACCAAAUCAAAAAACCGUUGACGGAGCCGUUCGUCGAUAGCUCCCGCUGCUUUCCAUCUACCUUCUGACCUUCAUCCGCUGUUCACACGCUUUAAUCGCUUACUUUGUCGCGGAAAUUGAUUCGUAAUCUCAUAAAUUUGAAGUGUCGGAGUAUCUUCAUUGUAAUUGAGUAUGUUCUUAGAUUCCCAACAGUAACAAUCGAACAUAUAAAUGUAUUUCCCUGUAUUCGAAUUACAAACCCAUGAAUUAUCAUGAUUGCACCAAACGCUAAUGAAGCAGCUCUACGAACAGUAAUGUUGGAGUUACUGAAUACUGUGGUAUUCGAAACCAAAAGAACCCCCAAAUUUAGAACUCUACUGAAGCGCAUCGAGAGAACUUUAAGGAACAUUGAGCCGAUUUUUUAUGGAUAUGAGAGGUUGAGAAAAGUUUUAUAUCGUCCUGAAAACGAGACCAAAAUGUUCAUAUAUUAUGUGGCAAAUGGAAAGGAAGUAGUUCUGGAGUGCUCAGAGAUCAAAAUGUUGGAAUGUGUACAAGAAAUUUCUUCACGCCAACAAGCUAAUUGGAUUGGACAACAUGCUUUUGAGAUUCUUUCAGAGUGAAUUGCAGGAUAAUUUGAGUUCUAGCAGGAGGAGUCUGUUUGAGAUUUAUGCUUUGGGAGACAAAUUGGAUCAAGUCCUUGCAGCUGUUACCAAACAGACAGGUGGAUUUUCUGAUUCUUGCAGUGUUCCAGGGCUUCCAGAUGUGAUCAUUGGGUUGGAUUUUCAUCUUCAAAAACUGAAAAGAAUGGUGCUCAAAGAUGACAACCAGGUCAUAACAGUUUCAGCUCCUGGAGGAUGUGGGAAGACUACAUUAGUAAAGAUGCUCUGUCAUGAUAAUGAAAUCAAAGGCAUUUUUGGGGACAACAUCUUUUAUGUUACUGUUUCUAGAACAACCUCCCUGAAGACAAUCAUCCAGAAACUAUUUACACAUUUUCAUGUGAGUCAUUGUGAGUUACAAACUAAUGAAGAGGCAAAGAACCAAUUAGAGAACUUUAUGAGACAAAUGAGAUCAAAGAACAUAUUGCUGGUGUUGGAUGACGUGUGGUCAGAAUCCGAAUCACUUAUUGAAGAUCUUAAGUUUCCAAUAUCAGGAUACAAAAUCUUGGUGACAUCAAGAUUCUUGUUUUCAAGAUUCGGUUCCACAUAUGAACUAACUUUGUUAAACGAUCAAGAUGCAAAGACCCUUUUUUGCUCUUCUGCAUUUCAUAACAUGAGUUCUGUUAACGUGCCAGAUGAUCUUGUGAACAAGAUGGUUAAAUACUGCAAGGGGUUUCCAUUGGCGCUUACUGUAAUUGGUGCAUCAUUAUGUGGUCAAAAUGUGGUCAAAUGGAGGUCAACUUUGAAGAAAUGGUCAGAAGAUUUGGGUUUGUUUCCAGAAGAUGAAAAAAUCACAGCCUCUGCUUUAAUGGACAUGUGGGUAGAAUUAUACAAUUUAGAUGAUGAAGGAAUGUAUACAAGUGAAUACCUUCUUGAACUCUCUUCAAGAAACCUUCUCAAUCUUGUUCUCACCAGGAAAGAUGGUAGUGAACUCGAAGGGUAUUGUAACGAGCAUUAUGUCACACAACAUGAUUUGUUAAGAGAAUUAGCCAUCCAUUUGAGUAGCCAAGAUCCAAUAUCUCAAAGAACAAGAUUGUUGAUUGAAAUUUACAAGAAUCAAAUACCCACAUGGUGGAUUCAACAAAAGCAAGAACCAAUCGCUGCACGUUUCUUGUCUAUCACAACAGACGAAUCAUUCUCGUCGAUUUGGUACGAUCUAAACGCCCCAAACGUUGAAGUUUUGGUAUUAAACAUACGAAGUCGGAAAUACGAACUCCCCCCAUUCAUAAAAAAAAUGAAUAAAUUAAAAGUUUUAAUCAUCACAAGUUAUGGGACAUGUCCUUGCGAGUUACACGAACUUCAAUUCAUUAGUUCUCUAACAAAUCUAAAACGUAUAAGACUCGAACAUCUCUCGCUUUCUCACUCAAUCCAAUCCAUUUUGGAAUUGUAUGAGUUAAAGAAGCUUUCAGUUACCAUGUGUGAGAUCGGUAGUGCAUUAGCGAGUUGUACAAAUGUUACGCUUCCAAAUCUCUUAGAGCUUGAAAUCGACCGUUGUUAUGAUUUGACGGAAAUACCCUCGGAAUUUUGUAGUCUUGAUCAUCUCAAGAAACUAAGCAUUACUAAUUGCCAUGAGCUUGACUCUCUUCCUAAGGGAUUGGGGAGUUUGUCGAAUUUGGAGAUUUUAAGGAUUCAUUCUUGUACGAGGUUAGUUCGAUUGCCCGAUUCGAUUAGGUUCCUUGGUAAUUUGGUGUUCCUUGAUAUAUCGGAUUGUUUGAGUAUAAAUAUGUUGCCUUAUGAGCUUGGGAAGUUGAAUGGUCUUAGAGUGAUUAAGAUGAGUGGUUGUCGGGGAUUAGAAGAGUUACCCGAUUCGGUGAUUGAUUUGUGUUUGUUGGAAGAUGUGAUUUGUGACGAAGAGACUUCAUAUUUAUGGAGCUAUUAUGAAGAUGAUCUUUGUGAUUUAAAGAUAAAUACAGUUGAAGAUGACCGAUUUGCAAACUUCAUGAAAAUAGUUGCACAUUAGUGGCGAGCGGGCCGAUGGCCCGCUCUUUGUUAGAGCAGGCCUUUUUGACUGGGCUAGCCCAACCUCUUCUCUGGUUGAAUGGUUGAUCAGUCCUUGUUGACUCUGAGUCAAAAAAGCAGCAUCUGCAGCCCAAGCCCAAUUGAUAGGGCCAGUUAUGAUGGUUAC